UACCGCUGACAGGUGUGAGGUAGCGAUAUGCGUGUCUCUGGAAAACGCGUUACAUCUCUCCAUGCCGUUACCCGAACCCGCAUCUCUCCGGAGGCAUGGUGCGCGACUGCGUGGGGAACUGCGUGCCGUUAUUUUUCCUGGCUCUCGUCUUCGACAUGGGCGGUCUGGCGGUGCUGCUGGUGGGCAUUUUCGGUAACCUGAACAUGGACGGCCGCUUCUACGGGGAUUUCCUCGUCUACACGGGUUCACUUGUUAUUUUCCUCAGUUUGGUGUGGUGGAUCCUGUGGUACACGGGGAACGUGAAGUUGCACUCCGAGGCGGAGGUGGAGGACAGCGCCACGGUGGACGUCAGCCUGACGCACUGGGCGAGGAAGCUGUCGGAGAGGCUUUCUAACGGGGGGAAGACGACCCAGGCUGCCGUUGAAAUGGGGCACGGGCAGGAGAUGAGGGGGACGGUGCCGGUUCACGCCCUGACUCGGGUUACCUGGGAAUACGACUCGAUGUCGGGUCACGACAACAAGGGCUACGAUACAAACGCUGACGGCGUGCCCUGCGAGAGGUCGGUGGAGAUGGGCGUCUUGCAGGACUCUGCGGCGCCCGUGGGGACGGUGGAUGGCAAAGCAGCAAGACUCCUCUGACAGGCGAUGAUGAAGUUUGGUUUCAAGGACGGACGAGCUGUUAAAGGAGCGUUCUGGUUUCGAAGGAUGGACUUGUCUCUCACGCUGCUCUCUGCAAACCUUAAGACUGGAAGGAAGUCUUUGGCUCGUCAACGAAAGACAAUUAACAGAGGAGAGUAUUUCUCAUUCAGGGAAAAGGCCUUUCUUUCCAAGUAACUUGAAGGGGGGGGGCUGUGCACAGGUUGGAAAGGUCUUCAAUUUUACACGGAUAUGGAAAAUUUCU